AUGGCCCUGCGCAAGGAGCUGCUCAAGUCCAUCUGGUACGCUUUCACCGCGCUGGACGUGGAGAAGAGCGGCAAGGUGUCCAAGUCCCAGCUCAAGGUGCUGUCCCAUAACCUGUACACGGUCCUGCACAUCCCCCAUGACCCUGUGGCUCUGGAGGAGCACUUCCGAGAUGAUGACGAUGGUCCCGUUUCCAGCCAGGGAUACAUGCCCUACCUCAACAAGUACAUCCUGGACAAGGUGGAGGAGGGGGCUUUUGUUAAGGAGCACUUUGAUGAGCUGUGCUGGACCCUGACGGCCAAGAAGAACUACCGGGUGGAUAGCAACGGGAACAGCAUGCUCUCCAACCAGGAUGCCUUCCGCCUCUGGUGCCUCUUCAACUUCCUGUCUGAGGACAAGUACCCUCUGAUCAUGGUUCCCGAUGAGGUGGAGUACCUGCUCAAGAAGGUGCUCAGCAGCAUGGGCUUGGAGGUGGGCUUGGCAGAGCUGGAGGAGCUGCUGGCCCAGGAGGCCCAGGCAGCCCAGACCACCGGGGGGCUCAGCGUCUGGCAGUUCCUGGAGCUCUUCAACUCUGGCCGCUGUCUGCGAGGCGUGGGGCGGGACACCCUCGGCAUGGCCAUCAACGAGGUCUACCAGGAGCUCAUCAAAGAUGUCCUGAAGCAGGGCUACCUGUGGAAGCGAGGGCACCUGAGGAGGAACUGGGCAGAACGCUGGUUCCAGCUGCAGCCCAGCUGCCUCUGCUAUUUUACGAGCGAGGAGUGCAAAGAGAAAAGGGGAACUAUCCCCCUGGAUGCGCAGUGCUGCGUGGAGGUGCUGCCGGACCGCGAGGGAAAGCGCUGCAUGUUCUGUGUGAAGACGGCCUCCCGCACGUACGAGAUGAGCGCCUCGGACACGCGCCAGCGCCAGGAGUGGACCGCUGCCAUUCAGAUGGCGAUCCGGCUGCAGGCCGAGGGGAAGACGUCGCUGCACAAGGACCUGAAGCAGAAGCGGCGCGAGCAGCGGGAGCAGCGGGAGCGGCGCCGGGCAGCCAAGGAGGAGGAGCUGCUGCGGUUGGCCCGGGCAUCCAUGCAGGCUGAGAUGGAGCUGAAGGAGGAGGAGGCUGCCCGGCAGCGGCAGCGCAUCGAGGAGCUGGAGGAGAUGCAGCAGAGGCUUCAGGAGGCUCUGCAGCUGGAGGUGAAAGCUCGGCAGGACGAAGAGGCCGUGCGCCUAGCCCAGACCAGGCUGCUGGAGGAGGAGGAGGAGAAGCUGAAGCAGCUGAUGCAGCUGAAGGAGGACCAGGAGCGCUACAUCGAGCGGGCGCAGCAGGAGAAGCAGGAGCUGCAGCAGGAGAUGGCACUGCAGAGCCGCUCCCUGCAGCAGGCCCAGCAGCAGCUGGAGGAGGUGCGGCAGAACCGGCAGAGGGCCGAUGAGGACGUGGAGGCUGCCCAGCGGAAGUUGCGUCAGGCCAGCACCAACGUGAAACACUGGAAUGUCCAGAUGAACAGGCUCAUGCAUCCCAUUGAGCCUGGAGACAAGCGUCCCGCCACCAGCAGCUCCUUCACAGGCUUCCAGCCCCCUCUGCUUGCCCGCCGCGACUCCUCCCUAAAGCGCCUGACCCGCUGGGGAUCCCAGGGUAACCGGACCCUCUCCCCCAGCACCAGUGAGCAGCAGAAGUCCCUCAACGGCGGGGAUGAGGCUCCCAUCUCGGCUUCCACCCCUCAGGAAGAUAAACUGGACCCAGAACCAGAAAAUUAGCCUCUGCUAGCCUCUUUCCCCCCAACCUUAUGCCCACCAGGACCUGGCCACAGCUGGCCUGUGGGUGACACUGGCCCCUGCGAACGAGGGAGCUGAGGACCUGGUGUCAGGGGCCGAGGCCCUCCAACCAUGAAACGGUCCAGAAUGGAACCUAGUUUAUUUUUUGCAUCAGCCUCAGGCCCCAGACCACUAAGGCUGUCUGGGAUGUUGAUCCUUGAGAACUCGAUCCUGUGCCUUAACCCCAAGGAUCCUAUGCCCUGGGCCGGAAAAGAGUAAACAAGCAAGCCAGGGGCCAUCUGCCCCUAGAUGGCCACCCAAGUUGUGGAGGCCCAUUUCCAAAUAAAAACUGUUCUUGGAGUGCAUUAUUGAUCAGGUCUGCUGUCUAUUUUUCCUGCCAUUUCCUCUCUCCUCCCUCAAGUCCAGUUACAGGUCCAAGAAAGACUAAAGGACAGGGCUAGGAGAGUACACCCUGCCACUUGCUGACGGGUGACUAUGCUCAAGUUUCUUACUGCUCUGCACUUCGGUUCCCACGUUAGUAAAACGAGUAAUAAUAGUACCUACCUUAUUG